AGUAUGCGACGGAAAGAAUAGUUGGAGGAACAUAAGUGAGUGGUAGUCCUAGACUAGGCAACGCCAGUGGCCGUGAGAGAGUGUGUGCACUGAGCGUUGACUAUGGUGUCCAAUUGCAGAAUCAUUAUACUUCUUCUACUCUCCUUAGCAUUAACAUCAGAACUAGGGGUUGAAUCAUCAUCAUCAAUCGAGGAAGAAGAAAGCAGCAUCAUAUCACGAUUCCAACGGUACCUUAAAAUCAACACUGCCCAACCCAACCCGCGUUACAAGGAAGCAACCGAUUUCCUUCUGUCGGAAGGGAAAGCCCUCUCUCUGGAAUCCCAAAUCAUAGAGUUGGCAGAAGGGAAGCCACUCGUCCUUCUGAAAUGGGAAGGGAGAAACCCUCACCUCUCUUCGAUUCUCCUCUACUCUCACACCGACGUCGUUCCAUCCGAACACGACAAGUGGACCCACCACCCCUUCAGUGCCCACAUCGACUCCCAUGGACGCAUCUACGCCAGAGGCUCUCAGGACAUGAAGUGCGUCGGCAUGCAAUACCUCGAAGCCAUUCGCCGCCUCAAGGCCUUACACUUCCACCCUCUCCGCACCGUCUACGUCGCUUUCUCCCCCGACGAGGAGAUUGGUGGACACGACGGCGCUGAAAAGUUCGUGCAAUCUCAGAUCUUCCAGCAAAUGAAUGUGGGCAUAGUGCUCGAUGAAGGGUUGGCCUCGCCGGAUGAUCAUUACAGGGUGUUCUACGCUGAGAGGAGUCCAUUGUGGUUGGUGAUCAAGGCCGUUGGGGCUCCCGGUCAUGGUUCCAAGCUUUAUGAUAACUCUGCAAUGGAGAAUCUGUUGAAGAGCAUUGAGAGCAUCAGAAGGUUUCGCACCUCGCAAUUGGACUUGAUCAAAGCCGGGUUGAAAGCCGAAGGUGAUGUUAUUUCGGUUAAUAUGGCCUUUCUCAAGGCUGGAACUCCGUCUCCAACUGGCUUUGUUAUGAAUUUGCAGCCGUCGGAAGCAGAAGCUGGAUUUGAUAUUAGGGUGCCGCCGACUUCUGAUCUGGAAUCGUUGGAAAGGCGCAUUGCACAAGAAUGGGCACCUUCUUCCCGCAAUAUGUCAUUCUCCUUCAUACAGAAGGUACCAGUGCGUGGUAAGUCAGGGGAACCAAUCCUCACGAAAACUGAUGGUUCCAAUCCCUGGUGGACCCUGUUAGAAAAUGCUGUCAAAAAGGCUGGUGGGAAACAUGGUAAGCCAGAGGUCUUUCCUGCCUCUACAGAUUCACACUUCUUUCGCAGUCGUGGUUUACCAGCAAUUGGAUUUUCUCCUAUGGCAAACACACCUGUUCUACUCCAUGACCACGAUGAGUUUCUGAACAAAGAUGUAUACUUGAAAGGGAUAGAAAUCUAUGAGUCAAUAAUUAAGGAAUAUGCAUCAUUCGAUGAUCAUGGAAGAGAUGGAGGAUCCAGAGAUGAGUUAUGAGCAAAUCGUGUGUGGCUCCUUCCCCUAUCCCAAUGCCCAUUUUUCUGCCUUUUUCGAUGUAACAGUAGUUUUGGACUUCGUUAAGUAGCUUCUGGCAUGUAAGUAUAAAGAGCAAUGUUUUAAAAUUAGUCAAUCAUUAAAUUGGAGAAGACAAUGGUUAAUAGUUUCUACCGGAGUCGAACAUGUGUGUAUAAGUAGGGAUCACUUAUCCUAGAAACAAGUUUCGUGAAACUUACAUUGGGUAUUAACUUUUUAUGUACAUUAAAUUUCAUUAAUAUAAGUUGUUGAAUUAAAU